AUGACGACGGUUUGGGAGCCCGACCUCGACGAGCUGCUCGCGAGAGUCGCCGAGAUGGAGGGCGCGGAUGACGUCGAGGCGGAUGUCGAGGCGGAUGAUGGGGAUGGGGCGAACCAGGGGGUGAAGCGGAAGAGAGCCCCUCCCACGAAGGGGCCAUGCGAGCACGGGGUGGAGUUUCGGUCUAAAUGCAAGGUGUGCAGCGCUUGUCCGCACGGAAAGUGGCGUCGUAAGUGCAAGGAGUGCGGCGGGUCUGGAAUCUGCGAGCACGGUCGUGUACGCUCUCGGUGCAAGGAGUGCGGCGGGGGCUCCAUCUGCGAGCACGGUCGUGUACGUUCUCAGUGCAAGGAGUGCGGCGGGGGCUCAAUCUGCGAGCACGGUCGUGUACGCUCUCAGUGCAAGGAGUGCGGUGGGGCCUCAAUCUGCGAGCACGGUCGUCAGCGCCGCAGGUGCAAAGAGUGCGGUGGGUCUGGAAUCUGCGAGCACAGUCGUCAGCGCUCUUACUGCAAGGAGUGCGGUGGGUCUGGAAUCUGCGAGCACGGUCGUCAGCGCUCACUGUGCAAGGAGUGUGGUGGGGCAUCAAUCUGCGAGCACGGUCGUGUACGCUCUUACUGCAAGGAGUGCGGUGGGGGGGGAAUCUGCGAGCACAGUCGUGUACGCUCUUACUGCAAGGAGUGCGUCCAACGCCGCGAGCGCGAGUAGUCAACAGUUGUAUCGACACGUAUCCCGAGCACGAGGCGGAACAAUCGACGGGAGGAAUAUUCUCUCACUCAGAUGCCCACCUCGAGGAACUGCAACUCCAGCAGCACCGCCAUCGCCGCGCUCCUCCUCACCGCGUCGUGGACCCACGCCGCGGGCGCCCCCGACGCCGACGCCGCCGCCUUGGCGUCCCUCAGCAGGUUCUUCCCGUCCGGCGUCAGCCUCGCCUCCAGUUCCAUGGCGAGCGCGAGGUCACCUCCGCCGCCGCCGUCGCCCCCCGUCAUCCCACCCUCGAAGUACCCCCGCUGCAUCAUGGCCAUGACCUCGAGCCACGUCCCGUUGCCGCUCCGGCAAACCUCGGCGCGCCUGUGGCCGCUGAGCUGAAACGCGAGCGCCAUGACGAGCUUG